ACAAGAAUGCUAUAGUUGUUCAUUUCAUGACUAAUGAAAUCAUUGUUAUACGGUAUUGCUUGUUCAUGUUUUUUCAUCUGUAAGUUGAGGGGUUCGUUGUUUAUGAAUAGAUCGCUCUAUUUUACGAAACGGCAAAAGGAGAGAUGGAUUCUGUUUGAACGCAGCUUUAUUGAAAGGACGACUGCACCGCAGUACGAUGGAGAACCCUCUCGGCAAAUAAAACACUUUCUGUUUUACUUUUUUCAGCCAAUCAGAAGCUAACAGCAUUUAUAAAAACAUGUCUAAGCAAUUAUUCAACAACAGAAUAUAAUUUAGGUAUUCUUAAUAUUAAAUAGUAUGAUGCUCAAAUAUAAAAUGAUAAUAGUUUAAAAAAUAACCUAAGCUACCACAUCUAUAAAUGUUCAUACUGUAUUAUACUGUACAUCAUCAUUGGCGGCCAUUUUAUUGGAAAUGGUUACAACAAAAUACAUGUACCGGUAUAACGUUCAUAUUCGGUAUUUCCCUCAAGGUAGAUUGUAACGAGGUUCCGCUGUAUUAUGUUCAAUAUCAACCGCAAUUCUAUUUCUUCCUCUUGUCUUUAUGUUCACUUGAGUCAUUUCGGUAAGUCGAAGAAAUGAAUGCACCACCUAGCAGUCAUCAAAGAACGCCACGACUGGGGGAUUGUAAAAAUGUCGCCACAUGUUGCUCUCCCUUAUUUACUUGUUAUUUUUUAAAAUACUUUACCAACAAAAGUGACUACAUCCGGGGGCCGAUUGCUGCGUUAGAUGAAAUUGACAGUAACUGGCCACCAGGCGGUGGUGUUGCCGCAUAUUGCUUUCAACUUUUUUGUGUGUGUUUUUUUGUUUUUUUCUUCUUUCGUUUAAAAUUGGCAUCUACUGAGUGAUAUUUCUGAUUUGUAUAUUAACUGCAGAAAUAGUGGGUCGUGAUUCAUAAUUGAACCCAGAUAGUUGAAUGAAUUGACGGAUUGAUAAAAGGACAAGUUGAUUAUUUUUAAAAGACAUGGAAAGAUGAAUUUGGGGAGACAGCUAAACGGCUAGCAGGACACACUGAACGAUGGACGGCCUUUUUCGUUUCCCUUAUCAUUUGGACAGACCUGACGCCAUCAGCAUUUGACAGUUUAGGGUUCAGAGUUUUUGUGACGAUCAUCGUCCGUCGGCCGGGGCUUGCCAAUUGACAAUGGAACAGCGUUGCAAAAGUUGCCGCUUGCCAAUUCGUUUUUCUGUUGCCGACUGCACAAUACAGCCCCAGUUUGCGAAGCUUUGUGGCCAUCACACUGCUCCCAUGCAUGGUUACAAUUUCCGCUCGCCCCUACUUAUGAAGACACCCAAACCCAGAGAGCAGGCAUUUGCACAAAGCCAGCUAGAGUCCCACUCAACAAAAUGUCGAAUCUGUAGAGGCUUUAAAUAAGGAAAAAGCCUCAACCUGAGCCAACUUUAGAUUGUUCAAAAAUGUCAAGAGCAGGAUCGUGGUUCUGAACCGCAGUCAGGGACAGGAAAAAUUUCAUGCUAACUGUCAAUCGGUGAGUCGUGGGCAAGGGAAUGAUGGGUUUGCAAAAACUGCAAAGUCUAUGCUGACAAAUGUUGAAGGCCUGAAGUCUGGGCAAUAUAAGAAAAAAGAUCAGGCGCUUUGUACUGAAAAAAGAAGGAUGGGAUGGAUCAAAGGACAGGUGGAAUGAAGGCUGGUUAGACCAAUGUAUACUUGUACACAGAAAUAGUUUGGACAUUCAAAAGAUGAGACAUUUGGAUGAAUUAUUGAGUUCUUUUGAUGUAUUUCAUUGACUGACGGGAGGGUCAAUGCAUUUUCUGAUUGUGUUUUUAAUCAGUCCUCCCUUGUGACCUCCACCUGCACAUUAAAACUGCAACAAAAAAAAAAAGAAGGGGAAAAAAAUCCGUCUUCUCCCUCAAAGUUUUCUGUUUGUUGGUCCUGCUUAUUUUCAGCUCCGUCAGGCUGACCGCGUAAUGACAGAGCUGGCGCAUAUGAAAGGACCGUGCCCAUACGCCCUCUGCCAGUCGCCUCCCUUUUCACUGGCCCCAUAUAAGCCUCUUACUUGGGGGCGGGAGGGCUCCUCUCCACCGAAUCUCCUCGAGUGCUUCCUCCAAAAGGAAAACAUCAGCCAGGACCGAGUUGUGUCGACCGGACCGAACCAUGGACAACCAUUCGUACCAUCAUUCGUAUAACUACCCCUCUGACUGCACCCCGCUCACCAACUGCAAGUCUGCCCGCAAACCAGCCGGCUCCACCGCGGUCAACAUGGGCAAUGUGGGCCAGAACCCACCUCGGGACUACAUCUUCUGGUCUCUGUGCAACACCUUGUAUGUGAACUUCUGCUGCUUGGGAUUCAUGGCUCUCCUGUACUCCAUCAAGGCCCGCGACCAGAAGACCCAGGGUAACUUGGAGCUGGCCCAGGAGUGCUCCGAUAAAGCCAAGUGGUACAACAUCCUGGCCGCUGGCUGGAACCUUCUGAUUCCUCUCCUGGCCGUCGUCUUGCUGGUGCUCCUGCUGGUCCACCUGGGCUCCUCUCAGGGCUCCUUCGACUUUCUCGGAGAGGACGGCCUGCAGAAUUUCUUGAAGCUAUUCAGCUGGUAGAGGGUCGGAACAAAAAGCGGCAAGCCCAUUUUCAUCAUCGUUGAGCUAUUUGAUUUGAUUUGAAGGGGAAGCGCCACCGCGGCGGCAUCGUUGGACUGAACUUUGGCCCGACUAAAUGAAGCUCCGCCCCCUCCGUUUAACUCAUUCAGUGCCAGCCAUUUUCAGACCCUUCUUUACCUUACCAAAAACAAUACAUAGACCAGGGAUUGAAUUGAAAAAAAAAUAAAAGAAAAAAAACAUCCAUGGUAUUGAAUGAUCGAUAUGCCACUGGAUGAUGCUAAAACGAUCGUUUUUUUUUUUCAACAAAUAACCUAACAAAUAAAUGUCCUCUUCAAAAAUUGAGAAUGACGAAUUUGCGAAUGUCAUGUCCGUAUCUAGGUGGGCAGGGUGGGUUCACCGUAUUUGAGAAAAAUGUUAGCAUGCACGCACAGCAACAUUUAACAAUAUUCUGGACAAAUUUGGAUCUCAAAACAAAGAUGGCGGCAUGGUUGUAUUGUUGCAUUUUUAGCAGAGUCAAUUUCGAAGCUGCGGAUUUUGAAAUAUGUUCAUUAUAUUUAUUGUAUUUAUGCAGCCCCCGUCACUCUACAAAUUUCCUUCUCACAAUUUAAUCCGAUCCUCACUUUUAUUUAGAAACAUCUUGAACUAUGACAAGAAAUGGCGAUUGUUGGAAGCCAAAGGUUUGUCAUCGUGUUGAAUUAAGAACGGGGUAACAACCAUCUCGGUCUAUGGGUUGAAGAUGUUUUCCUCGGGCAAGUUUAUAUUGUAGAGACACAGACGAUUAAAGUAAGGAAUCGUUUUUCGGGAGAACGAGAAAUCGCUACAGUCUAAUUAAUGUAUGUAUUCAUUGUGUUAGCAUUUACAGGUUAGCAGAAAAAGAUGGACAUCAUUUAGAAUAUCAAUAUCAAACAUGUCUUACGCAGACCAAAUGAAAUAGGCUUGGGGUUGGGAAAUACAAGAUUUAUCGAUCAAAAUUCCAACAAAACAUUUUGGAUUUUGUUAGCCAAUUUCAAACCGACUUCAUGAAAGAUGAGCCAAGUGGCAGAAGUGAGGUGGUAGCCAAUAUAGGUUGAUUUUCUG